AUGAUCGCUGCGGCUGACCGGUCGCCUGAGAGGGGCAAACCAGCAGCCCCUCUCAUCCAGACUGAUGGUGGUCUACUUCGCGCUGAAGAUGGAUUGAUGGUGAUCCCGCAUCGUCCCGUACCACAAUGUAUGCUCCCAAUAAUGAAAGGGACCAAGGAAAAGGACCGGAAACCAUUUGCCAGCGUUGGCACCAUUAUUGAUGACAGAUGGGAGGUCAAGGGAUUGAUCGGGCAAGGCGGCUAUGGCGAGGUCUACUACGCUGUCGACAAAAAGACGAAUGCUGAGGUAGCCGUGAAGGUUGAGGCGAAACACCACCGCGGCAAGCUCGACCUGAGGGUGCUGCUCGAGCAAAAAGUGCUGAUGCUGAUGCAAGGCCGCCCCCACGUCUCCAAGGUGUACGCCAGCGGUGUCACCGGCCCAACGAUGCAACAUCACAACUUCAUCGUACUGCAGCUGUUGUCGCAGAAUCUCGGGGAUCUGCAGAAACAAUCACCACUGCGGCGCCUCUCCCAAUCGACGGUGGCGAGGAUUGGAAUUCAGGGUAUUGCCGCCCUCCGUGACAUGCACAAUGCCGGCUACCUCCAUCGUGACGUCAAGCCGAAAAACAUGUGCUUCGGCGUGACGCCCUACAGUCUCUACCGGCUCUUCCUCGUCGACUUUGGCAUGGUGCGCCGUCAUAUGAAUCCGGGCGGAAAACUGCGCGAGCCGAGACCGUUGGCUGGAUUCAGGGGAACCGUACGCUACGCUUCGCGACGUAUCCAUGACGGGCGCGAGGCUUGCCCGGCUGAUGACUUGAUUGCGCUGAUGUACUCACUGCUGGAGCUGUUGGUGAUCACGCUGCCCUGGAAAUACCUAAACGCCGACAAAUGGAGAACCUCCGACAUGAGUCUCCACUAUCCGAUUGUUGGCCGUCAUUUUCAGGCAUUUGCCCGCAUCGUCCAAACAUACGGCAUUUCGGAUAUCCCCGGAUACGAAUCACUCCAAGCGAUCUUAAGGCCAAUGUGCCACGGCAAGCAGUUGUGGGAUGAAUACGACUGGGAAGACGGCUACAUCGACCUCCUGCGCCAU